CGCAACACGCGCUACUCACGCCAUGUGAUUUGAAUGUGUGUUGUGUUCCAUUAAACACCCACACCUUCCUCAUAUUUUACUACAACUUGUUUCAUUUCAAAUUUCAAAAUAAUCAAAAACCGGAACGACCAAAUAUCUAUAAAUAUUUUUUCCAUAUAUAAAUAGGUCGUAACUUUACACAAGCGCAAGAGUUAAGAACAAAACGUGCUUUCUGACAGAGAAAAGAGUAUUCAACACUCAGAUCGCACAGCAAAGAGAGAACCCAGUUUGAGUUUGUUAAGGUGAUUUGUGACGGUUGAGGUUUUAGCAGAUAAAAGGUUACGGUUUCUCGGAUCAUAACAAAAGCUAUGGAGUGGCCUGCUUGUACGGAUGAAUAUGAGAAGCUCUUAUUAAGGAUGAGCACACCAAGGGUUGUUAUUGACAAUGUCGUGUGUUCCACUGCUACUCUUGUCAAGGUUAUUAGUGCAAGAAGACAUGGUAGUUUACUUGAUGCAAUUCAAAUUCUCAUUGAUCUAAACCUUGUAAUUAAGAAAGCUUAUAUAUCUUCUGAUGGCAAAUGGUUCAUGGAUGUUUUUCAUGUUGUCGAUCAAAAUGGAAACAAGCUAAUCGACGAGAGUGUUUUAAAGUAUAUAGAACAGUCGCUUGGGAGUGUUCACAGUGUGAGGACUAGUUGCUCGAACGGUCUCACUGCGCUUGAAUUAUCGGGAACCGAUAGAGUUGGUCUUCUAUCGGAGGUUUUCGCAGUACUUGCUGAUCUUCAAUGUGAUGUUGUUGAAGCUAAGGUUUGGACUCACAAUGGCCGCAUUGCUUCUUUGAUCUAUGUUAAAGACUGCGAUUCCGGAGCAACUAUUGAUGAUUCUCAAAAGAUUAAAAAGAUUGAAGUUCGUUUAAGAAAUGUUUUGAAGGGAGACAAUGACAUUAGAACUGCGAAAACUUCGGUCUCUAUGUCUGUCAUGCACAGUGAAAGAAGAUUGCAUCAAAUGAUGUUCGCUGAUCGUGACUACGAGAGGACUCCCAUUCUCAAGCUCAUUUCCGAUGACACUGUAGUGACGGUCCAGAAUUGGGCGGAAAGGGGUUAUUCAGUUGUGAAUGUUCAGUGCAAGGAUCGAAUUAAACUAUUAUUUGAUGUCGUAUGCAAUUUGACAGACAUGGAAUAUGUUGUUUUUCAUGCGACCAUCAACACGAAUAGUAACCAGGCUUACUUGGAGUUUUACAUAAGACACAAUGAUGGCACGCCAAUUAGUUCAGAACCAGAACGACAACGCGUAAUUCAAUGUUUAAAAGCUUCUGUGGAGAGAAGGGCAUCUGAGGGUGUUCAACUAGAGUUAUGCACAGAAGACAAAAAGGGACUUCUAGCAGAAGUGAUGAGAACCUUCAGAGAAAAUGGACUUAAUGUUACAAGAGCUGAAAUAUCCACCACAGGAAAAAUGGCUACAAAUGUUUUCUAUGUAACAGAUGUGAUUGGACACCAAGCUGAUCCAAAAAUCAUAGAGUCUGUUAGGCAGAAAAUUGGGUCAAGCAGUUUGGAAGUGAAGGAAUUACCAUUGGUAUAUCAUGAGAAGGCAGAAAGAGAGGAUCAAUCAGGUGGAAUUGGUGGUGCAGUGUUGUGGUCUAUUGGGAGCCUUGUGAGAAAGAAUUUGUAUAGUUUGGGAUUAAUUAAAUCAUGCUCUUAAAGCAUAUGCUUGUGUAUGAUAAUAUCAUUUGCUUAAGAUUAGGUUUGUGUAUAUAAAAAGUUAAGAAUGAUGGAAAUUGGUGAUAGUUAGUAGUUUGAAAGAUGAAAGUUGUGCAUACUUGGAUUAAUGGUUGCUGGUAGAAAAAAUUUAGGUAGAAAAUUGGACAGAACAAAUUUGGUUAAUUUGUUCAUUUAGUACUUGGGUCAUGUGUACAUAUAUAUACUUAUUUUGGCUGUUAAUAUAUCAAAUAUAGUGGUUGACUUGACUCCAAUUUUAUA